GAGGGCGCAAAGAGGCAGCGAAGAAGAAGAAGGCGGGACAUCACACUUCCGGGUUGUCGAAGGAUUUUCGCGGAGCUGUCUUUUCAUUUUGGCAGCAUUAAAAGUCAUACUUGACGUCGUCAACAUGCUGCUGGUUUUGUCCGAAGAGCACAAAGAACACCUCCACUUUCUUAACAAAGUGGACGCGGCAGUGGUGGGAGAGUUUGGCCGUAUCGCGCUGGAGUUCCUGAGGAGAGGAAUCAGCCCCAAAGUCUACGAGGGAGCCGCCAGGAAGCUGUCCGUUCCCGUGGAAAUGGUUCAGCACGGCGUGGAGGGACUCAUGUACCUCAUGACCCAGAGCUCCAAACACAUGCUGUCAGAAGCGGACUUUGUGGACUCGGUCUUGUCCUUGGAGUUUGGGGAUGAGCUCAACCAGAACCUCCUGCAGCAGAUGUACCAGCAACACGGCAGCGAGAUCCGCAGCAUCUUGAGUCUGCUGCCUCGCAACUUGCCCGCUUACCACAACCUCCAGUGGAGGUUGGACGUGCAGUUGGCUAGCCGUUCCCUACGGCAACAGACGGUGCCCUCCUUCAGCAUUUUGCUGCAGCUGACGCACGGGCGAGGAAGUGAUUCCGACGCUAAGGUUCUCCGGGUGGACCCCAGCACCCUCCUGCACCUCCUCUCCAUUCUGGAGGGGGCGCUAGCUGCCUUGAAGAGCACGCAUGCGCGACGCGUCCUGAGAAACAUCAAAUAACAGACACGCUAAUUCUACCGGUGAGGAUAAGUGUGGACUAGUUGUCAUGGGCACAGAAAUGGGGCAAAUGCGAGUGGCGCGAGGUUGAUCUGCAACGUCGAUCGCCUUCAUCGGUUUUUGGUUUUGUUUCCUACUUGUAUGACUGAAACUGUACAUUUGUGAAUAAAGAUUUUUAUAAUAAAACCU